UAGCUGGGCAACUAUUUUGAUCGUCGGUAUUACAUAUUUUUCGAUUCCUGAGGUGUAAACUGGUGUAAACGCAAGAGAGAACGUUGACAUGCCGUUGCAAGUACACGACGUUCAGCAAAAUGUGGUGGAGCCUAUGCAAGUUGAUGCUCCUGCAGAAGACAAUGAUAAUGCAGAAGAGGAGCCAUACAUUGUGGAAAAUCCAACACUGGACUUGGAAGUUUAUGCAAAUAGUUACACAGGUCUUGCCAAACUAUAUAGGCUUAUAUACAUAGCUGAUCAUUGUCCAAUGUUAAGGAUAGAAGCAUUAAAGAUGGCUAUCUCUUAUGUGAUGACAACAUACAAUGUGUCUCUAUAUAUAAUAUUGCAUAAGAAACUAGUACAAGCUGUGGGAACACCUGGAUUACCAGAUGUUGCAGCUCAGUCAACGUCUCAGGAUAUGUUGACAUUGGACCAAGCAUGGGUUGAAUCUCGGUCCAAAAAGGCUGCUUUAAAAUUAGAAAAAUUUGAUACAGACUUGAAGAACUACAGAAGUAAUUCGAUUAAGGAGAGUAUCAGAAGGGGUCAUGAUGAUUUGGGUGAUCAUUAUCUCGAUUGCGGAGAUCUUGUCCAUGCCUUAAAAUGUUACUCCAGGGCAAGAGAUUACUGUACCAGUGGCAAACAUGUGGUAAACAUGUGUUUAAAUGUUAUUAAAGUUUCUGUUUACUUGCAAAAUUGGACUCAUGUACUGAGUUAUGUUACAAAGGCUGAAAGUACACCGGAUUUCUCUGAUGUUCAUGGCAAAGAUAACAAUCAGUCCAUAGUCACAAAACUAAAGGUUGCAGCUGGCUUAGCAGAAUUAGCAACAAGAAAAUACAAAAUGGCUGCGAGGCACUUUUUACAAGCAUCAUUAGAUCAUUGUGAUUGCCCAGAGUUAUUGUCCCCAGGAAAUGUUGCUUUGUAUGGAGGUCUUUGUGCUUUGGCUACAUUCGACAGGCACGAAUUACAGAAGCAAGUCAUUUUCAGCAGUUCCUUUAAACUAUUUUUGGAAUUGGAACCACAGUUAAGAGAUAUUAUUUUUACAUUUUAUGAAUCGAAGUAUGCAUGGUGUUUGAAAUUAUUGGAUGAAAUAAAGGACAAUAUACUAUUGGAUAUGUACAUAGCUCCACAUGUAAAUGUGUUGUAUACACAAAUUCGAAAUAGAGCACUAAUACAAUAUUUUAGUCCAUAUUUGAGUGCAGAUAUGAGACGUAUGGCGACUGCUUUCAAUAGAACAGUGUCAGAGUUAGAAGAUGAACUUAUGCAAUUAAUACUUGAUGGUCAAAUUCAAGCCCGUAUAGAUUCUCACAAUAAGAUUUUAUAUGCAAAAGAUGUUGAUCAACGUAGUACAACUUUUGAAAAGUCUAUGAGCGUCGGCAAAGAGUACCAGAGACGUACGCGCAUGUUAAUUUUAAGAGCAGCUAUGUUGAAACAACAGAUACAUGUUAAGAGUCCUCAACGAGAUAGUACUCAAGGAGGAGAGAUGUCAGUCACUUGGAAGCAAUAGUUCAGUGGUAAGAAAUUGAAUUGUGUCUUAUCCUAAUAUUUUGAAUGAUAAAUAUGUUAUUUCGAACGAACUGCCAUAGUCAAUAAGAUAUGAAAAAGUACUUUAACACCAUAUCGGACACAUUAUUAACCCUCGGACGGCGGUGAUUGGGUAAAUUUUAACCCACGAUUUCAGGAAUUUUCACGCGCCAUCUCAACUUACAGAAACUAAUUAAAGCGUAUAAUUAUUUGUAAUAGUAGUUGAUAUGAAAGCCAGCAUAUUUUGAAGAAAUUCAUUCCAAAACACAUCUCAAGACAGAUGAGUUGGCAUCUAUCUGGACCCAGGUACCGACGUCUAUUCGAUCAUCAAAAACGUCUGCUUCCCGAGGGUUAAUGUAUUGUAUGUAAAUCACUGACACUGAAUUUGACUUUCAAUAAAUAUUGCAGAAUAUGUACACUCCCGUUCAUAAAUAUUAGGACACAUAUCGAACAUGAAAUGAUUGUAGUAAGACAUGAAAUUUUGUAAGGUCUAAAAUAUAUAUUGUUUAGGGGAUAUUGAAGUUCGAUGGAAAAGACUUGUGUCAAUAAAAAGUAGUAAAAGUGGUCCAAAAUGUAUAAUUCUUACGAAACAUCGUAUUUUCUUUGUAUCGACCGGAUGUCGUGACACUUAUGAACGGUAGUAUAUGUAUCAUAAUCGUUGAUAAACAAGAAGUUAACAAUUUCAAAAAAUAUAGUGAUUAAAAUUAUUUGAAUAAAUCUUUGAUAACAUGCAAUGUAUGCUGGCAAUCUUGUGUUAAUAAAUAUAUAAAUUUUGUUUUUCA